AUGGCUGACGAAACCGCACCAAAGUCGUCGAAACCGACCGCCGAAGCGGCGCCCAAAAAAACCGGAUACACCAACCCGGCCCUGAGAGCUAUGGGGAUCCGUCAGCUGCGGCUGCCGUCGCGAAACUGGAUGAUUUUCUGGACCGUGGUUGGCACGAUUUCCGGUGGAAUCUACUACGAUCGUCACGAGCGGAAAAAGGUGCGCCAGCAGUACAAGGACGCGGUGGCGUAUCUCGGAGAGCGUCCUCUAGGUGGGCUGGAGAUUCCGCGGAAAAUCACCGUCUUUGUGGCGCCUCCGCCGGGCGACUAUCUCGACCAUGUGCUGACCCACUUUCGAGCAUACAUCAAGCCGAUUCUGACGGCCGCGGCGCUGGACUUUGAGGUGAAGCAGGAGUCGCGCCAGGGCGAGAUCCGAUAUGUGGUCGCAGAGGGCAUUCGAAACUACCGACGGGAGCAGAUGGGCCUGCCCAAGGUGCCGUCGCGACUCAUGGUCGACGAGGAGGAGUACAACAAGGCGGUGGCGGAGCAGAACGCUGAGGUCGAGAGACUCAAGGCCGGCCGGGAAAAACACACCAACCCCAACCCCACGUUCCAGGCCUUCAACUCCAUCAACAACAGACCCGGAGCACCCUCUUCUCCCGACUCGCAGCCCGAGGAGCAAAUGUCCAUCUCCGUCGCCGGCACCAUUGCCCAGGAGCAGCUUGACAAGGAAAUCACCUCCAAGCUCGAGUUCAACCCCGAGUCCGGCGUCAUUUGCGUCGGCCGGGGCGCCUACAAAGAGUACCUUGCCGGUCUGCACGAGGGCUGGCUGGGGCCUCUGGAGGACCCUCGACCGGACGAGGAUAAUCGAAAGGUCUAUGAGGAGUUUCCCAACCGAGAGAAGGAUGACGAUGAUGCGUUGGGUCUAGUCAAAACUCCAGUCGAAGAGCCUACUACUGCUGUUCAGAAUGUUCAAUCUGUCUCUGAACACCUCAACUCUCACCCGGAGAUGGUGAAGGACGUUUCGGAGACCAUUUCUCACUCUGGAGACGUGACCGCCGUCACUGACGUUGAACAGACCGCGGCAGGACCUGUGGAUGUCGUCUCCGAAACGGCUUCGACUCACGACACGCCCGCAGCCUCCGACAACAAGACCCCCAAGCCCCUGUCUGAAAUGUCACCCUCCGAAUGGGACCCGAAGGCGCCGCUGCCUGAAAUCAAGCGAAAGCCCGUGCCCAAGCCGUAUAUUCGACCAGAGGAGUACUCCGAGGCUGAGCUGUCCGAGUUUUACGCGUCUGGCUUUGAGAACGCGUCCACAGCGCACUCCACCGUCUCGUCCAACAUCAACCAACAGCCCAAUGAUCUCAACUCGCCUGCCGGAUCUGGCACUGCCUUUGUCGAGCAGUUUUUCUUUUCCCCCAUCGCCGUGAUUCCCCACCGACACAUUAUGGGCUUCAUGAACACCCCUCUGCGAAUUGCGCGGUACUUCAACAAGCGUGCCGUGGCCGACGAGGUGGGAGCUGCCACCGUGGUUGCUGUGACCGGAGACACCCGUCCUUUCGACGUCAAGACCGACCCCGAUUUGCUGGUGUCCGAGGAGUAUGACUGGCCCAGCAAGUGGGUCAAGAAGGGCCAGGAUAACGGCAGUGAGUGGGUUCAGCCGGUGGUCGUGGACCAGAGAGUGAUGGAGAAGGUCAAGGUGUACCAGCCCAAAGGUGAGGGCGAGUCUGAGCUCAAGUAG